AUGGCUUCAUUCAAGCAUAUUGCCCUUCUCGGUAAAGGAAUGCUCGGUUCCGCCAUCUUACCUCAGCUUCUCGAGAAAGGCUUCGAAGUGACGUUGUUUACUCGCUCCAAGUCCUCCGUCAAAGAUCUGCCUUCAGGAGUCCACGUUGCAGAAGUGGACUACUCUUCGCUCAGCAGCCUGACUGAGGCUAUGAAGGGCAAAGAUGUAGUUAUUUGUACCAUAACGUCAACAGCCAUCCCAGAGCAAAAGGUCAUUAUUGACGCUGCUGUCCAAGCGGGCGUAAAGCGAUUUAUCCCGGCAGACUUUGGCGCCCUAUCUACCGAUCCUAGCGCUAAGGAUCUUCCCAUCCACAUUUCGACGGCUCAGAUACGGCAGUAUCUCGCUGAGAAGGCAGAGAAUGGUCAAAUCGAGUACACAGUCUUCUCCAAUGGCCUUUUUUUGGAGCUGAUAUUCUCGUUCCCUUUCGUCUUCGACUAUGCCAAUAGGAAGGUCGAGCUGAUUGACAAUGGCGAGAAUCCCUUCAGCGUCACUACCGUGGCUUCCAUCGGCAAAGCUGUCGCAAAUGCGUUGAAAGACCCCGAAGGAACUAAGAACCGCAUCAUCUUCAUCCACGACUUGACCGUAACACAAGCGCAACUUGUGAGGCUGGUCAAGAAGCAUUCGUCGCCUGAACUAGCGUGGACGGAAACAAACUUGGAUUCUUCAGUCGAGCUGCAGAAGAGCCUCGAAAGCUUUGCUCAGGAUGGAUUCAACAUGGAGAAUGCGCCCCGUUUGCUGCGGUCGGCCCUGCUCGGUGGUAAAUAUGCGAGCGCGUAUAAGAACGUGGAGAAUGAGCGGUUUGGUCUCAAGCUUUGGACUGAGAAAGAAUUGGAUGCUUUUGUUGCUUCAAAGGUUCAGUAA